GGUUCCGGUUCCGGUUCCGGUCCCGGCCCGGUGGCGGCGGCGCGCGCGGCGGUGUCCGCCCGCCAUGCCAUGUCCGCGCUCAACUGGAAACCCUUCGUGUAUGGCGGGCUCGCCUCCAUCGUGGCCGAGUUCGGCACGUUCCCCGUGGACCUCACCAAGACGCGGCUGCAGGUGCAGGGGCAGAGCACCGACGCGCGGUUCCGCGAGGUGCGGUACCGGGGCAUGUUCCACGCGCUGUUCCGCAUCUGCCGCGAGGAGGGCGGCCGGGCCCUGUACUCGGGGAUCGCCCCGGCACUGCUGAGACAGGCGUCCUAUGGCACCAUCAAGAUCGGGAUCUACCAGAGCCUGAAGCGGCUCUUCGUGGAUCGCAUGGAAGAUGAAACGUUGCUCAUCAAUGUGAUCUGUGGGGUGGUCUCGGGGGUCAUCUCCUCUGCACUGGCCAAUCCCACAGAUGUGCUGAAGAUCCGAAUGCAGGCUCAGGGCAGCUUGUUCCAGGGCGGGAUGAUUGGCAGCUUCAUCGACAUCUACCAGCAGGAAGGUACCCGAGGCCUCUGGAGGGGUGUUGUCCCCACGGCCCAGCGAGCUGCAAUCGUGGUGGGGGUGGAGCUGCCAGUCUACGACAUCACCAAGAAGCAUCUGAUCCUGUCAGGCCUCAUGGGGGACACCAUCUUUGCCCACUUCGUUUCCAGCUUCACGUGCGGGCUGGCGGGGGCCAUCGCCUCCAACCCCGUGGACGUGGUGCGGACGCGGAUGAUGAACCAGCGGGCGAUCGUGGGCAGCUCGGAGCUCUACAAGGGCACUCUGGAUGGCCUCGUCAAGACAUGGAAGAGCGAGGGCUUCUUUGCACUCUACAAAGGCUUCUGGCCCAACUGGCUUCGUCUGGGUCCCUGGAACAUCAUCUUUUUUAUCACAUACGAGCAGUUGAAGCGCCUCCCCUUCUGAGAGCUGCCUUCAUCUCACCAGAGUCAUCCUCGGGACUGGCAGCUGAGCUGUGCUGCCGCCUCCCUCUUCAUCCCACCAUCCCCAUGUCGUGGUGUUUGGUACCUGUGGGCUGGGCUCUCCCCCAAUGCAUGGUCCCUGCAGCACGAGCUGCUGGGGGCAGCCCGGAGCCGUGCUCCCCACCCGAAGGUGUCCGCGUGCCUGGGCCUGCAGGAAUAUCUUCUGUGAAGAUCUGUGCGUUCCAGUGGCCCUUGGGGCAUUCCAGUGGCCCUUGGGGCGCUGUGGCUCAUGGUUGGCAGGUGUGGGUGUCCUCCCGUGCCCGUGGGGUGAGGCUGGGGCCCGGGAAGGUGCCAUUGUCAUGUUUCUUGCAGAACUGUAACUUCAUUAAAUUAUUUAUUGACCGGA